AUGGUAGAUGGAGUUACGAUUCUUCCCGUGCUGCUGCUGCUGGCGUUUCCCUCCCCGAGCUGGCAAGAUGAUGAACUGAAGCUCAGUACGGUACAACACUAUGAAUGUGUGUGUGAAGGCAUGUCCUGUGGCAAUGGAGAUCGUUGCAAAGGCCAGCAAUGUUUUGCUUCCCUGAGCAUUAACGAUGGUGCUAAAGUUUACCAGAAAGGCUGCUUCCAAGUCUAUGAACAAGGGAAAAUGACGUGCAAAACACCUCCGUCUCCUGACCAAGCUGUUGAGUGCUGCCAAGGAUACCUGUGCAACAUGAAUAUCACUGCACAGUUGCCCUCUUCUAAAGGGCAAACCUUUCAAGGAGAAGCUGCAGGUUACAGCGUGGAAACACUAAUCUCUGUUAUACUGGCUCCUGUGUUAGUGUUGGUAGUUUUUUCUACAGUAGCUGUGCUGAUCAUCCGGAGAAUACAGAAAAACCACAUGGAGAGGCUCAAUUCUAGGGAUGCAGAAUAUGGCACCAUUGAGGGACUCAUUGCAUCGAAUGUUGGAGACAGCACGUUGGCAGACUUAUUGGAUCAUUCCUGCACAUCUGGAAGUGGUUCUGGACUUCCUUUCUUGGUGCAAAGAACAGUAGCUCGCCAGAUCACGCUUGUAGAGUGUGUGGGAAAGGGCCGUUACGGAGAAGUUUGGAGGGGUCAGUGGCAGGGAGAAAAUGUUGCUGUGAAGAUCUUCUCUUCUAGGGAUGAAAAAUCCUGGUUCAGGGAAACAGAACUGUACAACACUGUAUUGCUGCGGCAUGAGAACAUUUUAGGUUUUAUUGCAUCUGAUAUGACUUCCAGGAACUCCAGUACCCAGCUGUGGCUGAUCACCCACUACCACGAGAUGGGCUCUCUGUAUGACUACCUGCAGCUCACCACCCUGGACACGGUCAGCUGCCUGCGCAUCGUCCUGUCAGUCGCCAGCGGGCUGGCUCAUUUGCACAUCGAGAUCUUCGGCACGCAGGGCAAGCCGGCCAUCUCCCACCGGGACCUGAAGAGCAAGAACAUCCUCGUGAAGAAGAAUGGGCAGUGCUGCAUAGCAGAUCUGGGUCUGGCAGUCAUGCACUCCCAAAGCACCAAUCAGCUGGAUGUGGGGAACAACCCCCGUGUGGGCACCAAGCGCUACAUGGCUCCAGAAGUGCUGGAUGAGACCAUCCAGGCCGACUGCUUCGACUCCUACAAAAGGGUCGAUAUCUGGGCCUUCGGGCUGGUCCUCUGGGAGGUGGCCAGGCGCAUGGUGAGCAAUGGCAUUGUGGAAGACUAUAAACCCCCGUUUUACGACUUGGUUCCCAACGAUCCCAGUUUUGAAGACAUGAGGAAGGUGGUCUGUGUAGAUCAGCAAAGACCCAACAUUCCCAACAGAUGGUUCUCAGACCCUACAUUAACAUCUCUUGCCAAGCUGAUGAAAGAAUGCUGGUACCAAAAUCCAUCAGCAAGACUAACAGCCCUGCGAAUCAAAAAGACUCUGACCAAAAUUGACAAUUCCUUAGAUAAACUGAAAGCUGACUGUUGACCUUCUUCUCGUGGUGCUCUCCUGACAGGAAGGCAUUUGUCUGGUUCACAAGUGGUCUGGCCAGGCAGUUUCUAGGCUGGGUCCCCGUGUGGCUGCUUGCAGAGGCAGAGGUGGGUACCAGGCGUCUGCUGGAGGCAUCGGGACCGCCUGGACUUUGCUCAGUGACUACAAGGGGCAUUUCACACAUGGUCAAGCUGUAAAGACUCACGCUGGAUGGACUGUUGCAAAGGUAGUGGCCUGAAGGAAGACAGAGAAAUCCUAAGACAAGAUCAGGGCAUUAAAUAAUGGCUUUGAACAGCUU